UUUCCAUCCGGGCAUUAGCAAGCUCAAAAGUCGCCAGUAUGAUGCGUGUAAUCCUCUGGUUACUGUUUCGUGUGGCCUGCAUAGCCGCUCUCACGUUACCUCCCAUGCCUCCUGACAUGCCAGUCAAGGUCAUCAACCUAGACCUGAGUCCCCGGAUGAGAUGGCAAGGCGUUAUCAAAGAGCUGGUGACAACGUACGGAUUCGAGUAUACGUACGGACCGGCCAUUGAGUACAUCACAUCAAAUUUCGGUAAAGAAGUCCUCGACCUACUCGACGAAGUGUCACGUGACCUGGAAGGCGUCCUAAUUCCCGAGUAUGUCGAAGAGCUGCGUGGGUGUGCCGAUGCCGCAAGGGAACUGGGAUACGGGACACUGCUGCCCUUGGAAACCAUAAUUACGAUCAAUCUUCUCUACGAGUUCUCAAACUUCUGCACGAGCAUCGUGACCGAGGACGGUCAAGGUCAGAUUUGGCACUCGAGGAACAUGGACUGGUCGUUUGGGAAGGAAUCUCUGAAGAACAUUAGUAUAAUCGCCGACUUUCAAAAGGGAGGUGUGACGCAGUACAAGACGAUCACGUGGGCGGGGUACGUCGGGGCCAUAUCGGGUAUGAGACCCGACGGUUUCUCGAUCACGAUUGACGAACGAUUCACGUCUGACAUCCUAGCAAUCAUCCAAUCGUUCGAACGCUUGCUGCAUCACAAGGGCGUCUCAGUUGGAUUUCUGUCACGUGACGUGUUGGAUAACAACAGGACGUAUGAAGCCGCUGUCAAAACGCUUGCAUACACGCCACUCACGACCUCCGUGUAUUACAUAGUCGGUGGCACCGAGCACAACGAAGGUUGCGUGAUAACCCGGAAAGAAGAGCAUGUAGAAGUGUGGGAGAUGCCGAAUGGACCUCAACCAUGGUUCAUUAUCGAGACGAAUUAUGAUCACAGAUACACACCACCGUAUCCCGAUGAUCGAAGAAAACUGGCAAUCGAGGCGAUCGAGGCGGUCGGCCGAGCCAAUAUCAAUGCCACGACUUUGUUCCACGUCAUGGAAACGCCAGGAAGGGAUGGAAUACGAGGCGUCUUGAAUGGGGAAACUCAAUAUACUGUUGUUAUGAGCGCUGUCCAGGGCUACUUCCGUGGUUACUAUUGGAAAUAACUUGGAACUCUGGAGUCUACUGUUGACAGUCGUGCCAAACUAGUAUUUAUAUGGUUAGUCUGUAGUUUGUGGUGUGAAUGCUGUACACCCUCUAGCGUCAAUUUUUAUACUUUUUGCACUGAAACAAAAAAAACAGUAAAAGUAUUAUCGAUUGACUCGAUUCUAAUUUUUGGUUGUAACCUUUGGGGCUUCCCUACCUGAUUCCCUUAGUGUAGUGUUGAAAUAUUAGACUAUCAAAUGGAACACAACUGGCAGAUCGAUGUC